CCUAAUGUUCAAACAGAUAAUGGAAUAAAUGCACUUAUGUUGGCUUGCCAAAACGGUCACAUUCAAAUAGUUGAACUGUUGAAGCAAGUUGAUCCUUUAGUUCAAAGCAAUAGUGGUAGUAAUGCUUUUAUAGUGGCUUGUGAAAAUGGUCAUACUCAAAUAGUUGAACUUUUGCUGAAGGAAAAAGUUGAUCCUCAUGUUCAAGAUAAUAAUGGAAGGAACGCUUUUAUGCUGGCUUGUCAAAAUGGCCACUUUCCAGUAGUUGAAUUGUUGCUUAAGAAACAAGUUGAUCCAAAUGUUUUAGAUAUUAACGGUGGAAAUGCUUUCAUAUUUGCUUUGCUGGCAUGUCAAAAUGGUCAUGCUAAAAUAGUUGAAUUGCUGCUGAGGGAAAAAAUUGAUCCUAACAUUCAAAGGAAAGACGGAGUGAAUGCUUUUAUGUUGGCUUGUGCAAAAGGUGACACUCAAAUAGUUGAGUUGCUGAUAGGAAAAGUUAAUCUCAAUGUUAGAAAUAAUAAUGGAGUAAAUGCUUUUAUGUUGGUUUGUCAAAAUGGCCACACUCAAAUAGUCGAAUUGCUGCUGAAGGAAGAAGUUGAUCUUAAUGUUCAAAAUAAUGAUGGUUUGAAUGCAUUCUUUUUGGCUUGUUACUAUGGCCAAACUCAAACAGUCGAAUUGCUGCUAAAACAAAAAAUUGAUCUUCAUGUUACAAAUAAUGAUGGAGUCAAUGCUUUUAUGGUGGCAUGUCAAAAUGGUCACAUUAAAAUAGUUGAAUUGCUGCUGAAAGAAAAUAUCAAUCCUAGUAUACGAAGAAAAGAUGGAGGGAAUGCUUUUAUUUUGGCUUGUGGAAAAGGUCACACUCAAAUAGUUGAAAUUUUGCUGAAAAAACAAGUCAAUCCUAAUGUUCAAACAAUCAAUGGAGCAAAUGCUUUUAUGCUGGCUUGUUCAAGUGGUCACAUUAAAAUAGUUGAGUUGUUGAUAGGAAAAGUUAAUCUUAAUGUUAGAAAUAAUGAUGGAGUGAAUGCUUUUAUGUUGGCUUGUCAAAAUGGCCACACUGAAAUUGUUCAACUUUUGCUGAAGGAAACGAAUUGA